AUGGAUGAAGUGUGUAGGAAACUGUUAAGAAGGGUUAAAGAUUUGCAUAUUGCACAUGUUGACUCUCUCUUCCUCCGGCAGGGAGCAUCCUCGAGUCUGGUGGUCAAGUUCGCAGACACAGAGAAAGAAAGGCAGUUGCGACGGAUGCAACAAAUGGCUGGAAACAUGGGACUCCUCAACCCUUUCGUCUUUAACCAGUUCGGCGCCUAUGGGGCCUACGCUCAAGUAAAUGUCUCGGAGCAGCAGUUCAUGCAGCAGCAGGCAGCAUUGAUGGCAGCUGCCUCACAGGGUACCUACAUCAACCCCAUGGCAGCCCUGGCUACCCAGAUGCCCCAUGCUGCUGCCCCCUUGGCCAAUGGCAUCACCAGUCCAGUUGUCCCACCCACUUCUGCAUCUGUGCCACUGGUGUGGGACUUACAGAGUUCAAAAGUUGGUGCCAGUCAAGCUCAGCCAGUAAACGGCGCCUUGCCCUCCAUGCCUUCCCCUACGAUGCAGAAUUUCAAUAUAGCUCCUCAGCCAGGGCCCAAUAGCCAGCCAGGUGGGAGCGAGGGGGCUGUGUUUGCCAAUGGCCUCCCUCAAACCUUUGCUGCACCCCAGCCAAUCCCUAAUGGUGAAGCAGCGACACUGCAAGCUUCAGCAACCUAUCCUGGCAUGCCUUACUCAGGUGUUGCUGUGUAUCCUGCUCCCGUGUAUGGCCAGUACGCCCAGGCGCCCUCACCCCAGCUGGCGCCCAUCCCUCACAACAAGGUUGAAGGCUGCUCCAUCUCUGGACCCGAGGGCUGCAACCUCUUCAUUUAUCACCUGCCACAGGAGUUUGGCGAUGCCGAGCUUAUGCAGAUGUUUCUCCCUUUUGGAAAUGUGAUCUCCUCCAAGGUGUUCAUCGACAGAGCUACUAAUCAGAGCAAGUGCUUUGGUUUUGUGAGCUUUGACAACCCUGCAUCAGCUCAGGCUGCUAUCCAGGCGAUGAAUGGCUUCCAGAUUGGCAUGAAGCGCCUAAAGGUUCAACUCAAGCGACCAAAGGAUGCCAACAGACCCUACUAACAGCCACACUCAGUAGGGGAGACCAGGGGUAUCUGAUGGUGAAGCUAUUCUUGAAGAAGAUGGUUUCGUGUUUAUCAUAGCUUGAAUAUGACAUUUGUAUGAAGUAUUAGGAAUCCAAAGCCUAGGUUGUAAGUAAAAAAAACAGAGAAGAAAAUACUUGAAAAAUAUAACUUCCUCUGCAAGAUGAACAUUAAUCCCAUAUUUCUAUACUACAAGUGCUACAUAUACGAGUCCAGAGAGCUUGAGUUGCUACACAGGCUGCGGGAGGCCUCAGAGGUGGCGAGAAAGGACGGUAACUAUAAAAACAGAUCAGAUUUUUUCUUAUUUUUUUGAUAGAGAGAGAGAGAUAUUGAAAGAAGUCCACAAUUGAGGCCUGUGCUACUGUGUACACAAACUGUAUAUACGCUGUACCGAGCAAUUGCACGGUACUAAAAAAAAAAAAAAAAGGAUUUGGGACUAAAGGUCCCUCUCCUCUCA